AUGAUGAUUCAAAAAGCACAGUUAAAGCUGUGCAGUCCGGCCGGGGGCGAGUCUGUUGUGUACUCUUGGCCGUUAUGCAUGACGAAACAAUACAAUGGCGCAGCGGAGAUCAUAGAGACUAUAAGAUGGAUCGGGGAGGACUAUCCGGAAGUAAAGAUUGUGAUUGAGCGCUUUACAAUCCACAAUGUGGACACGACCAGUUUUGAGUCGAUGAAGAACAUGUGUGACAAGUUCAACGGCACGGUGAAGACUAUCAAGCAACUGUGGCAGGGCGUUACGCAACCGAAAGAAAAGCAGAGAGCAAGCACCGCAUUGUUGAGGCACAUCGUCCAGCAGGUGUACAACCAUUCGGUGUCUGAGCCUGACAAGCUGAACCAGUACGAACCGUUUUCGCCUGAGGUGUAUGGUGAAACGUCGUACGACCUCAUCGCCAAGAUGAUCGAAAAAGUGGAUUUGACGGAGGACGAUCUGUUUAUCGAUUUGGGCAGCGGUGUGGGACAAGUGGUACUGCAAAUCGCAGGCGGCAGUCCGUGCUACAAAUGCAUCGGCAUCGAAAAGGGAGAAUGGCCGAAUAAGUUUGCUGUCGUACUCGAGAAGGAAUUUCGCAAAUGGAUGAAGUGGUAUGGCAAGAAACAUCAGCCAUUCGAGUUGAUCAACGGCGACUUUCUGGACGAAAAGUAUCGAGACGUUAUCAUGCAAGCGUCGGUGAUUUUCGUAAACAAUUUCGCCUUUGGACCGGAAGUUGAUCAUAAAGUAGAAGAACUGGCAUCGAUGCCAGAAUCAGUUUCAUGGACAGGAAAACCCGUCACCUACUACUUGCACACGAUCGAUCGUAGCAAGCUAGAAGAUUAUUUUGCUUGCAUCAAGAACAACCCACACGACGUGUAUCAUCGAGUGUCUUUAAGCAAAAGUUCGUCCAGCAAGUGCUCUUCUCGCGAUUCCAGUUCUUCUAACAGCCGGGACGCGUCUUUGGCAAAAAGUCGCUCACCUCAACGAAAAGACGAAAAUGUCGUUAUUGGCACAACGACUCGCAGACAGUGGUCAAAUUGGAUCGCGCAGCAAGAAAAGAUGAAAACAAGAAAUAUCAACAGCAAGAUGGCCGAAGAGGAACAUGUGCUGAGUAAGGACAUCGGUUCAGAGAAGGAAACUGCUGCAAGAACGACCGGAGAGAUGAAGUUCAUAAUCACGGGAAAGACUCAGCGAAAGUCGUCGUCGUCCAAUAAAUCGAAGAAAGUGUUCGGCAUCAAGCCAGUUCCGAAAGUCGGCAGCCACGCGAAAAGAACCCUGACCAGCAAGAAGGGCAAACACGGCAGCGACCGCUGGAUGCGUACUUAUCACUGGGUGAACCAGAAGCACAAAGAAAUCUCCGUCGAAACGACGGAUUCAGCCAUCGACGCUACGGAAAUGACCAAGAACAAGGCGCUGGACGUCUUCUUGGAUAGCAUCAGACGUCAGUUCGAAAACUUCCUCAUUUAUAUGCAGAGUGAUGAUUAUCGUCGACGGCUGCUCGAAGAGAUCGAAACCGAAAGGAUAAAAAACAGAGAACUGAUGUAUCUUUGUGACCAGCGAGAGAAACAGAUUAAAAAGCUUCAAGAAGAUGGGCUAGAGCUGUUGCAGGCGCGUUUGGAAGAGGUAGACAUCGUUGCGAGUAGCACGAACGAGCUGCUCACGCAGGCCAAAGAAAUCGUCAUCUAUCACAAAGCGUUGCAGUCCAAGUCGAAUUCGUUGCAGGACGAAAUCCAGAAACUGGAACACAAUAAUGAAAUAUUGGGAUUUCCGGAUAACCUCACGCGUGAGGAAGUAAAGAUGAAUCUGGCGUUUGAGAUCGACGCAUUGUUUGGUCAUCGAAAAAUGCUGAUGACGCAACAGCGCAAAUUGGAGAAAGAGAUACGGUUGUUAGAGGAAGAGUUUCCUGAGAAGGUCUACACCGAGUUGCAGCCUUUCGUGCCACUUAAUGGACCACCUCAAGAGCUGGCGACAAAGAGUGACUACUUAACACUACCCACCACAAAGAAAGCUCGUCGUAAGUCCGGAAAAUCAAACAAGGAUACCGCAUCCGCUAGUAUGGGAGCCAUCGUGGCUGAUCAGAGAAGAAAUGAUUUGUCUGGGGGGCCGGGAUCAGAGGGCGUCAGCCAAAGUCAGAGUGAACAGGACAUCGAAGAGAGAAUUAAGGACAUGGUCCGAAAGGCGUUGAGCGUGGACACAGCGGCGAAGAACGCAGAGAAAGAGCGAAAGGCUCGAAAUGCCGAGAAGCGACGAGAGGAAAAGUUCAAGCGCAAGACCGACAGUGCUGCUUUUGCCGCUUCCACUGGCAGGUCGCCUUGCGACCCUGAACCGAGGUCAUCCAUAAGUGCCAGUAUAAAGACACCCAUUUUUAUCCCUGAAAGCCAAAGUCGAAACGCAGCUACGGAAGCUCCUGCCGUCACUCGACAUUGCCAUCCGUUUGUGACCCUUGCUGAAGCAGGCGUCGCUCUCGGAGCGGCUUCUUCCGCUUUGCCACCCAUGCAGUUCUGUGGAAGUGGCGGUUCUGCCAUCGACCGAGAAGCUGCAACGGGGUUUGCAUCUCCGCCCCUACCAUCGACGACCAGCAUCAGCGGAAGGUCGACACUUCCACGGCCCAGCAGUGAGCCUACUCUAUCUUCCUCGAAUCCCUCACCAUGGCGAAAAUCGAUCACCCCUCUGGGUUCUGAGUACCCCCGCGUUUCAAGCGCUUACGAGCAACCGUCAAAACCUUUCGCUGUACAGAAUCUUAUCAAAUUUCCGACCACUCCUGUGGUCGAUGCAGAUCAGGGCCAGUGUCCCUUGACAUCUGAAGCUCAGUUUCAUACGGCGUCCCCUGAUCACUUUCGAGCUCCCGCGAGCCUCUACCCAGCGACUUGUAUGGACUUUUGCUGGCCAACGUCGUCAUCGCCGUAUAACUGCGUUUCACAUGCCAUGACCGCCGUUCAACUUUCGACCCCGUCUUACAAUACGUUUAGAGACACUGCCUCGUCAGUGGACAGUGGUUAUGCGGGCACGGCCAGCGACAGCCCUCACCCGAGUGUCUGUUCGAGUGGCCGGCAGGAGUUUGCCGCGUUUACUCCCGAACCGAUCAGCUACAGAAACAAGUUCAAAAACUCGUCAAACACCGGCAACCCGGGCAACCCCCAUGAUUAUUCGAACCCUGGAAAUCCGGUGGUCGACGACGCGUCAUCGACCGACGUCACCGAUCCGAAGCCGCUGCAGCCGUUUCGUAUCCCGCGUAAAAUCUCACACGAACUGUUGCAACAUAGCGACGCUGCCAUCAACCGAUCGCCGCUGGCUACUACAGUGACGGCGAAGAAGGACGACUCCAGUUGGAGAAACGCCCUCUUCCCGUCUCGCGGAAAGCGCAAGUGA